CCCCCCCCUAACCAUGGCGGACAUCAUCCGCGACGCCCCCAUCGGGCAAGUCAUCCGCUGGGUCACCAAGAACAAGUACUUCAAGUACCCGGAAGAGCGAGCCGACUUCCAGCUCCCGGAGCCCUGGAUCCAGCUCCUCAACGGCGAGUCCGUCACCGACUCCCACAGCCACAACGGCUCCGGCUCCGACGCCUCCACGGCCGCCGCCGAGGACAAGGAAGAAACCGGCGGCCUGGGCGACAUGACGGCCCGCCGGCUGGAGGAGGACGAGGAGCACAGCCUGGAGAAGUCGCAGUCGCUGCCCAUCGUCCCGCAGACGACAAAGGACGGCGCCAUCCUCGUCGACUGGUACUACACCGACGACCCGGACAACCCCUACAACUGGACGCGCAACAAGCGCCUCGCCGUCAACGUCAUCAUCUGCCUCUACACCUUUGUCGUCUACACCACCUCGGCCAUCUACACCACCUCCGAGGGCGGCAUCGAGAACCGCUUCCACGUCAGCGAGCUCAAGGCCACGCUCGGCCUGUCCAUCUACGUCCUCGGCUACGGCAUGGGGCCGCUCAUCUUCUCGCCCCUGAGCGAGAUUCCCAUCAUUGGCCGGAACCCCGUGUACAUCGUCACCAUGUUCCUCUUCGUCAUCAUCUCCAUCCCGACGGCGUUUGCGCCCAAUUACCCCGGCUUGAUGGUGCUGCGGUUCCUGCAGGGCUUCUUUGGGUCGCCGUGUCUGGCGUCGGGAGGUGCUUCGCUGGGAGACAUGUAUACCCUGAUGGCGCUGCCGUAUGCCAUGAUGUCCUGGGUCGCCGCCGCAUACUGUGGACCCGCCCUCGGCCCUCUCCUCAGCGGCUUCGCCGUCCCCGCCGAGUCCUGGCGCUGGUCCCUCUUCGAGUCCCUCUGGGCCUCGGCCCCCGUCUUCGUCGCCAUGUUCCUCUUCCUCCCCGAGACGAGCAGCGCCAACAUCCUGCUCCGCCGCGCCCGCCGCCUGCGCAGGCUCACCGGCAGCGCGCGCUUCAUGUCCCAGAGCGAGAUUGACCAGCGCAACAUCCACCCCAAGGACAUCUUCCUCGAUGCGCUCAUCAAGCCGAUGGAGAUUACCAUGAAGGACCCGGCCGUGCUGUUUGUGCAGGUGUAUACCGCCAUCAUCUACGGCAUCUACUAUUCAUUCUUCGAAGUCUUCCCCCUCGUCUACCCCGUCUUCUACGGCAUGAACCUCGGCGAAGUCGGCCUCGUCUUCCUCUGCAUCCUCGUCUCCUGCAUCAUCGGCAUCGUCAUCUACACCGCCUACAUCUACUUCUACAUGAACCCGCGCAUCGAAAAGUUCGGCUGGCCGGUCCAGGAAGACCGCCUCAUCCCCGCCCUGCCCGCCUCCGUCGGCCCGACCAUCGGCCUCUUCCUCUUCGCCUGGACCGCCCGCGCCAGCAUCCACUGGAUCGUGCCCACCAUCGGCAUCACCAUCUACGGCGCCACCGUCUUCAUCGUCAUGCAGGCCAUCUUCGUCUACAUCCCGCUGAGCUACCCGCGCUACGCGGCGAGCCUGUUCGCCGCCAACGACUUCUUCAGGAGCGCGCUCGCGUGCGGGAGCGUGCUCUUUGCGCAUCCGCUGUUCCACAACCUCGGCGUCGGGCGCGGCGUGAGCUUGCUGGGCGGGUUGAGCGUCAUUGGCAUCAUUGGCAUUUGGUUGCUGUACUUUUAUGGUGCUAGGCUGAGGAAGUUGAGUAAGUUUGCGGAUCAUGGGGAGCCGGUGGAGGAGCCUGUUGCGGAGGAGAAGACUGGGUGA